AUGGCAGGCGGCUGGGCCGCGGCGCUGGCCUUGGGGCUCUGCCUCACUGCAGCUCGCCGGGGAGCCACGCCAGUGCUGCGGGACAACUUCCGCCUGCAGCCGGGUGAUUUGGUGGCCACGGCCGGCCAAGUGCUGGAGCUGGACUGUGUGCCCCCCUCGGGUCACCCCGAGCCCCGGGUCACCUGGAAGAAGGAUGGGGUGACCUUGGACCUGGCGGGUGGCCGCUACGUGGUCACCAAGGGGAAGCUGAAGGUGGCCCCGGCACGACGCAGCGACUCCGGGCUCUACGUCUGCGUGGCAGCCAACGCAGCGGGCGAGAGGCAGAGCCGUGGUGCCCAUGUCUCUGUCCUGGAGAAGCCGACCAUUGUACGGCGCCCGAGUGACACCGUGGUGGCGGCUGGCAGCACCGUGGAGCUGGGCUGUGGUGCCCAAGGUGAUCCGAUGCCGCGGGUACAGUGGCACAAGGAGCGUGGGGACCUCCCCUGGGGCAGGCACGAGGUGGACCGGGAGAACACGCUGCGCCUGCACGCCGUGGUGCCUGCCGACGCCGGCACCUACGUGUGCACGGCCCAGAGCCAGCUGGGCACCGCCGCUGCCACCGCUCGCCUCCGUGUUGAGGCCCUCCUCUGCCUCACAGGCCGGCGGGAGGCAGCACCAAGAGACCUUCUGGCCAUGAGGCCUCACCUGGACAAUGUCACCAUGCUGCCCACUGCUGCCGUCCAGCUGCGCUGGCAGAUGUUGCCACCAGUGCCGACACUGGUGAGCUUCAUGGUGCUGUACCGCUCCCUGCUCCCCACCAGCACCUCCUGGGUCCAACAUGACGCUGGCAAGUUGCUCAGCACCAUCAUCCCCCAGCUCCGCAGGGGCCACCAGUACGAGUUCAAGGUCCGACCCUACUCCGGUGGGACCCAAGGCUUGGACAGCAACAGUAGGCACCUCUGGAUACCUGAGGAAGUGCCGAGCGCUGCGCCCCAGCGUGUCACCGUGGGCCGGGCUGAGGCGGGGAACGGCACCGUGGUCGUCAGCUGGGAGCCUCCUCCUCCUGAGGCCCACAAUGGCAUCAUCCAGGGCUACAAGGUGUGGUCAAUGGGCGAGGGCUGGCAGCGCCCCACCAACAGGACGGUGGACGGAGGCACACGCCGGGUGGAGGCUCUGCUCCCCAGCCCUGCCGCCGAGUUCUGCGUCCAGGUGGCAGCCUUCAACAGCGCGGGGCUGGGGGUGCCCAGCAAUGCCACCUGCAGCGUCCCGGGGCUGCCGGCUGGGAGCGGCGGCGUGGGGGGGCUGCUGCGGCAGCCUGCAGUCAUCGCGGCCGCCGGCUCGCUGCUCUGGUUGGCCCUGCUCGCCCUCCUCCUCCUCCUCUGCCAGCGCCGAGCCAGCCAGGACGCCGCAGCUCGUCACAGGCUGGUGGCUGGUGACUCACCGUGGCUUGGUGGCCCCUGGAAACCUGGUUGUGCCCCCGGGAACCUCAGCAGCAGCAGCAGUCUCAGCAGCCGGCUGCUGGGCAGCGAUGGACGGGACCCCCACCCCUCCACCCUGUCCUUGGAGCCAAGCCUGGGUCCACCAACACCCUCCACCCGCAGCAGCCUCCGCGGGGGCCACCCCGGGCCCCUCGGGGACACAGGGCACCCCGGGGUGCGUGCCUCACCCAGCACCCCCGGCCCGGCACCUUGGGAGCGCCUCCGCAAGCGAGAGCUGCAGCAGGUGCACAGCACCCCCCUGCCCACGGGUGGCCCCGGCCGUGGCCCCGGCACCGGGAGCGCAGCAGGUGAGUGGGGGCCGGAUCUGGGGCUGGCAGCGGGGUGGCCCCCGCGAAGGGGCCCCGAGGGUGACAGCGGCACCGCCGUGGCGGCUGGAGAGGACCCGUGGCGGCUGCCGGUCUUCAGCUCCCCCAAGCCGCGGCGAGGCAGCGUGUCCCUGGCCACCAGCGUCACCGCGUCACCAGUGACACCCCCGAGACCACCCCAUGCGCGGCACCCGCCGGUGACACGGUCCCCGGCCACCGUGUGCCCCAGGGACACAUCCCCAGUCACCAGGUGCCCCAAGGACAGGUCCCCAGUCCCCGGGGUCCCCAGGGACAGGUCUCCAGCCACCCAGCACCCCAAGGACACAUCCCUGGUCACUGAGAGCCCCGGGGGUGUGUCCCUGGUCACCAGGCACCCUAGGGAGGUGUCCCUGGCCAGCAGGCACCCCAAGGAUGCAUCACCAGUAACCAGGCUCCCCAGGGACGUGUCACCAGCCAUCAGCCACCAGAGGGACACAACCUCAGCCACCAGGCAGCCUGAGCACACGUCCCUGGUGACCAGGCACCCCAAGGACACACCACCAGUGACCAAGCACCAGAGGGACACGUCACCAGGCGGCAGGCACCCCGAAAACAAGUCCCCAGACAGUGGCCACCCAAGGGACACAUCCCCAGCCACCAGGCUCCCCAGGGAGAAGUCCCCAGCCACUGGGCACUGCAGGGACAAGUUCUUGGCCACCAGCAGGUACCCUGAGGACGUGUCACCAGCCACUGGCCAGGCCAAGGACACGUCUCCAGCCAUGGGACACCCAGGGGACAUGUCCUCAGUCACCAAGAACCCUGAGGAGAUGUCCCCAGUCCCUGGGCACCACAGGGACAAGUUCCUGGGCAUGAGGUACCCCAAGGACAUGUCCCCAGCCACCAGCCACCACAGGAGCCCAGCCCCAGCCAGCAGUCACCAAAGAGAGACACCACCAGCGAUCAGGCAGCCUAAGGAGAUGUCUCCAGUGCCUGCUCACCUCAAGGACACAUCCUCGGGCAGCAGGUACCCUGAGAACAUGUCACCGCUCAUGAGGCACCCCAAGGACACAUCCCCAGGCUCCAGGCACCCCGAAGAGACAUCUCCAGUUGCUGGUCACCGGAGGGACAUGCUCUUGGGCACCAGCUACCCCCAGGACAUGUCCCUGGCCAGCAGGCACCCAAGGGACAGGUCCCUGGUCACUGGGCGCAUCUCACCGGCUUCCAGCGAUGGAGUCCUCACACCACAGCAGGUGGCUGAGGACCUAGAGAUGGAGCAGGACACCACCUACCCCAGCCCUCCGGCACCCCGCACCCCACGCUCCUUCUCGCCGCUGCACACCUACGGCUACAUCUACGGCCCCCCGGCCUCCGAGCUGGGCGAGGACGAGGAGGAAGAGGAGGAAGAGGAGGAGGAAGAGCAGCCAGCAACAAGAGGCUCUCCGGAGGGGUCGCUGCUGAACGGCUGGGGGUCUGUCUCAGAGGACAACUGGGCCAGUGCCCGCUGCAGCCUGGUGAGCUCCUGCGACGGUUCCUUCCUGCUGGACGCCAGCUUCGCGCGGGCCCUGGCCGUGGCUGUCGACAGCCUCUGCCUCGGCCUCGACGACGCCGACGGAGGCUGCGGGGGCCUCUCGCUGCCGCCAUCACCCCUGGAGAGGAUCUUCUCGCCCGGGGUCCCCACCUGGGACUGGGGAGCAGCACUGGGGGUCCCCCAAAGAGCUGGGACAGAGGCAGCCAUGGGCAGCCCACAGCAUGGUGGCCAGGGGACAGGGAGUGGCAGCCCCCGGUCCAGGGCAGGCGGUGAGCUGGGGACAGAAGGGACAGGAGCAUGGCGGUCCCCGGGCUGUCGGACACGGCGAGGCCAGGGGCCCCUUGGCUCAGCUAAAUUCCAGCUUUAUUAAGUGGUUCCCCCAAAAGGGGCUCUGCUAGCAAAAGUCACCCACAAAGGGUAGGUGGCACCAACGUGGGUGGCUGUCCUCCCAGUGUCCCUGUCCUCCCAGGUGUCCUCAUCGUCCCCAUGCCCUCCUUCCCAAGUAUCCUCAUGCCCCCAGUCACCCUCAUCCAGCCCAAGUGCCAUUGCCCAUCCCAAGUGUCCUCAUCCUUCCCCAGUGUCCCCAUCCUUGUCCCCCCCAAGUGGCACCAUCCCUCCCCAUGGGCCUCAUCCCUCCCCAACAUCCUCACUCUCCCCUGGUGCCCUCCUUCUCCAGGAUCCCCAUACCCAACCAUCCUCAUCCAGCCCAGGUACCACUGACCAUCACAGCUGUCCCCAUCCUCGUCCUCCCCAGUGUCCUCCACCUUCCCCAGUAUCCUCAUCCCCCCAACCAUCCUCAUCCAAUGUCCCAAGUGUCCUUGUCCUUCCCCAGGGUCACUUCCUCCUGACCAUCCUCCAAUGACUAUUCUGUCCUUGUCCUUCCUGUCUUCAUCCUUCCUCAGCAUCCUUGUCCCAUCUUGAUCAUCCUUGGCCCUUUCAACUGUGCUCAUCCCUCCCAAGCCACCUCGUCCUUCAUGAAUGUCCUGACCACUCCUCCAAGUGCCCUCAUCCCUCCCUUGUCACUCCCCAGGGUCCUCAACCCCUCGUAACUGCUCUUGGCUUCCUCAGGCAUCUUCAAAUGCUCUCAGGGUCCUUGCCCGUCCUGAGCAUCCUCAUCCCUCCCUGGUGUCCUUAUCACUAGUGACAGUCCUUGGCCUCCCCAAGCAUCCUCAACCAUCCUUGUCCCUCCUAACUGUCCUUGUCUCCAGCAUCCUCAUCCCUCACAACUUUCCUUAUCCCCAGGGUCCUCAUCCCACCCAAGGAUCCUUGUCCCUCCCCACUGUCUUUGUCUCUCUCCAGUGUCCUUGUCCCAGGGGCUUCAUCCUUUCUGAGCAUCCUCAUGCCUCCCCAUUGACCUCAUCCCUAGUGACCAUCCUUGGCCUUCCCAAGCAUC